CAACCUCAGCGGUCCCCACACUGGAGCAGACGCUGGUGCAGUGUCGAUCCAUACAUGCACGUGUCUUGUCUUUUGGGGCGACCAGCAUUCUUUGAAAACGCCCAGCACUCCAGUUUGCAAGGGUUGUUGUGAGUUAAUCCACGCGAGAAUGUGCGCAUGAGCAUCAUUUGUACCGAGGAGCAUGUGCACUGACUGAAAGACACAGCGAGGAUGCGUGGUGGGCAGGAUCUGUCGUGAUCGGUGGAGUUUGUGGUGUACAAUACUUGUGCUGUCAGUCUUCCCCUCCCUCCAGUUUGGUUGUCUGGCGAGGACUAACAGCAGCGUCCUGCCGGGAUGUCCACCUCACCUGGUGCAAGAGAUGGAAGCCAAAGGAGUUCUUUGGAGCUUGAUGCGGAGCACUCGCAGAAAGUCCCCGGAGCCGAGCAAGCAGGGGUCCCAACACCCCAGGUGAAGCUGAAAGAGAGACAGAAGUUCUUUGAGGAGGCUUUUCAACAAGACAUGGAGCAGUACCUGUCCACUGGAUACCUUCAGAUCACCGAGAGGAGAGAGCCAAUAGGAAGCAUGUCUUCCAUGGAGGUCAACGUGGACAUGCUGGAGCAGAUGGAUCUGAUGGACAUGUCCGACCACGAGGCUCUGGAUGUCUUCCUGCACUCUGGGGGAGAGGACAACAGCGCUGCCUCACCUGUCACAGGUCCAGACAUUGAGUCCUUUACAACCGAGAUCAGCCUCCAGGUCCCCACCCAGGCCGAGCUCCGACACAAGCUUUCGUCCCUGUCCUCCACCUGUACGGAUUCAGCCAGCCAGGACACUGAGGCCGGGGAGGAUGAUGAGGACGAGGACGAGGCUGAGCAAGGAGGAGGCGGCGGCGUUGUUGGAGGAGGAGGAAGGAGAAGAAAACCCCCAGUAGUAGUGACCCUGGAUGAAGAGGAGGUCCACCUGGACACUGCGCUGGCGGACAGAGAGGACCAGGAUGAUCAGAGCAGUCGAGACUGUGAGGAGAGGAGGCAGCAGAUUUGAGGACAGUUGGACUUGAUUUAAAAAGUGAAAACCCGCAGAGCUGCCAAAUCAAACUUAGAUAUAUAUUCUAUUGUAUUCUAUUCUAUUCUAUUUAUUGGCUUUUAUUCCCAAAAACCUUUGCUUUCAUCAGAGAGAUGACACUGAGGUUGCACUAACUGCCACAUAAACUUGCCUUAAGACCAGUGAUGUAAGUUCAGUCUGAUCAAAUGUUUUUCAAGAUGUUUGUGACCCGUUUUUGGCUCAGAAAGAACUGCAAUAGUUUAAGGUUUUUCAGAGAAUCAGAUUCAGUAUUACAGGCUUCUUGCUCAGUCUUUUAAAAAAUUUAUGAAACUUGCUAUGAUUAUAUUCCAGAUAUAAGGCUAUAUUAUUUACAUGUGAAUCACAAUAAGUUUCAAUCAGCAAACCAAACAUUCAAGCGAUGUUUUUUUUUCUUAAAAAAAGAGAGAAGCAUUCACAAAAAAUAAAAAAUAAAGGACUCAAUAAUAAAUUGUGCAUUUAAAAGAGCACACUUUACUUGAGAUUAAGCUUAUGCAUGACAGAAUAAUCCAGAAAGAGCAGAGAAGCAGAUUAAUCAAAAAACACCUUUGAAAUUGUAUUAUUUUAGGAUUUGUGAAACAUUCGGAGUAUGAGCAUUGUGAAGGUAAAUGAUUGACAAAAACUGUUGAAAAACAUUCAGAAAUGUAGUAGAAAAAUGUGAAAAUAAGAAACUGUUAGAUAGUAAGAAGCUAUAGAAACGGAACAUCCUGAUGUUCCGUUUCUAUAGCUCUGCAUGUUGAGGCUGAGCGAAGCCUGUUCCUGAUAAAGGAAAUGAGGUCAUAGAUAAGCCAUCGGUCUGACUUGGUAAGCUCAAAUUCUGUUCAUGCUUUAUAGUGAAAUGUAUUGUGCAUAAAUCCUAAACCUGUUUUCUGAUUGUUGGAACUUUAACUGAACAUAUAAUAGUGUUUUUACCUCUCUUAUGUUGAUAACGAAAAAAGACUACCUUCAGCUUCAUCAGGACUGCGAUCCUAACCUUCUUUUCACAGAACAAAAGUAUGUAUUAAAAUCAAACCAAACUCAUUUCCUUUUUUUUGGAUAUUUUUUAUUUGGCUUAUCCACAUUUUUUAAGACAAAGCUACAGUUUUCCUGAUAAAGUGGGGGAAAAGCAUACAGCAAGUGCAGCUUCAAAUUUCUCACUAAGCUCUACCUAAGUUCUCACUGCAGGAUGAUCGUCCUGAUUGAGUAAAAUAUAUCCAUAAAGCAUCGUUUAAACAAAUGUAAUGAAAGCUAUUUCUGUGCCAGUAUAAAUUAGAUUUUUGGUGUAACUUCGAUUAAUCGAGCCGAUUAAUGAUGUGCAGAGGGCACAAACUGUUCUUACUUUCAUUAUGGAUAAAUGUGACAACCAGCUCUCAUGUGUCAAAUUUCGGAUUUUACUCCUGUCAAAACUGACUGUCCUGCUUACAUGCUGGCAAAGGUUUCAGUUGUUUUAGAAACAUUUGCUCACACAAACAAACAUGAACCUUGCCUAUGACCUGUACAUUUUGGACAGAUUUCUUCUGAACUAGGACCAAAUCCCCAUCUUGGAGCGUGCUAUGCACUGGACAUCGGCCUGAAGGCUAACCCUUGUCCAAAUUUUUAUUUAGUUUUGGUUUUUUGGGUCGGAAAUUGUUAAUAUUUGUGCAGUGUAAAUGCAUUUUUCCUUCAUUUUCUUACCCUUUGUUUAAUUUUCUUGACUUGUUAAUGUUUCUGCUCAAGAGUGAGUUGAUUUCCCUCUAAGCAUUUUGAGAAAAAAGAAAUGUGAGCAAGAUUAAAAGUGUGAGUGAAAACACACCGUUUGUUCAUUACUGAGUUAUGGUCCUGCAUGUUUGGAAAGAAAAGUGUCUCUUAAACCAGGAAUUACUUUUCUGUGUGUGUAUUAAUUUUGUUUUUCCCGAGAGAUAUAAGGCAUCACCACUGCAACACUGAGAGUAAAUGUCUUUUCAAGGCUCAAAGUUGCUGUGUGGGUUUAUUUUGAAUAGUAAACCGCACUCAUGUAACAGUCAUUUCACUGCACUUUAAAGUUUUAAGAGCUGCUCGGGCAGCUCACAAACACUGGAUGCAAAUGGAGUGAGUGGGUUUCUGUUUAGUUUGCAGCUCAUAGGAGAACAAGCUGCAAAGUUGGCUGUUUGUUUUGUAAUGGUUUUACAUUUUUACCCUAAUUUGGUUUAGUUAAUUCAACUCUUUAUUUUUUUGUUGUUUUCUUACUUUUGGCCAACUCUCUACAUUUUGAGUUAUUUGCCUUCUUUAGGUUAAUGUGGACAUUUCAGACCAAGUCUUUCUUUGGCCUGGAGUUACUUCUGUUUUUCCCCUCCCAUUUUCUCCAGUAUUUGUACCUUAUAGUGACAGCUUGUUAUGUAGAACAAAUAAACAUUGUAGAGUAAAUCAUGUGUUUAAGGAGUCCAGCGCUGUCAAAGGAUCUGUCUAACCAUGAAGUUAAACAGAUCCUUGCCUGCCAAACUAGGGUGUUUUUGGCAUUUACCACUCAUUCACCUAAUCCUCCUCAACUACGUUUUUGACUACAUUUUAUGAAAGCCUACUAAAUUUAGACAACAUGCUAAUGAUAGUCUGCUUGCUAUCACUAGCAGGCAGACCAUCUAGCUAAUAGCUUUUUAGCUAACAUCUUAUACUUUGCUAUUAUCACACUAACUAGAUGGACCAAUUUAAUGGUGUGAAACACAGUAGUGACCCACAACCAUUAGCAUAAUACAUGAUUUAGCUAAUUCAGCUAAAAAUGAUUUCUUUUUGUUUUUUUCUAUAUAAGCAGAAGGUUUUGCUUUGAAACACGAUAGUAGACCCUUUCAGUUUUCAAUGUUUCUGAUUAUUAUAUUUGAGUUUUUUCACACUGCAUAGAGUAUAUUACUGUAGGUCAGCAUGUUAGUAGAUGCUACAAUUAUUUCGUUUUUUAGCUAAUUUUAGCUGUUACAUGGGUCUUUUUACACUGUAUGGAGUAUGUUAGGUCAGGUCAAGAUGCUAGUCAGCUAGCUUUAGCUUUUUAGCUCAUUUUCGUUUGUAAGCUGUGUCCUGACCUUACAGUAUAGCUUUGUAAACAGUGUUCUGCACAAAUUCCUAAUAUUCUUUUGGUGGGAUUUUUGCAUUAGCUGAAUGUUUUUACUCUUCUAAAGUUUUUCUAUAUGUAUUUUUGCUUUAUUCUGCUGCUUCUGUCAUACAUUUCUUCAAGUUUUCUACAGUUGACUUCAAAUGCAAUUAUCACUAAAAAUGUUCAGUUAAAGAAUUCACAAUGGAUGUUCACAGGAAAUGCUAAUUUUUCUAGCUGAAUUUGAUAGGAGCAUUUAUGGCUAUUUGGCAAAACUGCUUAAAAUAAUUGUGGCUUUUAAAUUAAACUAAUUAAACCGUUCUGAUUUUCACAUUUUUGUACUUAAUGAUUUGGAAACAGAUUUCAGUAAAGUUUGAUUGUGGAAACUUUGGCUCUACUUAAAUAUUACUGACGUGUAAUAACAUGCAAAUAAAAUAUUGAUGAGGCAGCACAAAGUAAAGAAACAAGACACAAGUAGGUUGGAAAGGACUGACAGUGAAUUGUCUGUAAGUUUUUAUUAAACCUUAAGUACAAACUGCAAAAGUAAAAAACUGUAAAUAUAACCAACAUGAAACUCUUUCCCAAUGAAAGGAAAGGCCGACGAGCGGCUUUAAUAAAUUAAGUCACCAGAGAUCCCAUUGUGAGCAAGUAGUUUAUACUGUAGAAAAUGGAAGAAAAAAAAAAA